UUUUUUUUAUUAUUAUUACGUUUUUUUCUUAAAGUUUUUUAAAUGAUAAUUAUAACUCUAUACUUUGUAAUUAAUCUUUCUACAUUUAAAAGUCAACCGGUAAAUGAUGUAUCGCCGUUUUGGUUAGAUCCUUGUGGGACACAAAAUGAUGAAGACACCGUAUUGCCCGACGAUGUUAGACAACGUGUGUUAAUCGUAGCAGAACGUAAUCAACAAUAUUUCAAUCAGUUUAAAAAUCAGUUUGUACAAAAUUUGGUUGACAAUGAAUUCAUAAAACAUUAUAACACUUGGAGUAAUUUGAACAACAGCUGGAUGCCAGACGAUCUACCGAAAAUACCGGGAGAUCAUUUGUCAAAUUCAUGGUUGAGCAAGCGGUCUUUCCCCCAAGAGCUGCCGAUCACGUACGACAUCUUGCAAAGAGUAUCCGUCGGAUUCGAAAAACUCACCGAUGAUACAAAAAAAAACAAUAGUUAUUUUGAAGAACUGUCCACGUGCAAAAAAUAUUUACGAGAAUUGUUGUGUGAGGUGAAAGACGCAAUUUAUGAUAUGGAACAAGAGCCGUUGCCCGACGUUCAAAGAGAAGUCAUGCCAGACGAUGUCCGCCACGAAGAAGACGAAGGAAGGAAUAAUCUAUUAAACUCUAUUAUUUUUCGAGAUUAUAUAAUAGGCAUCGAAUAUGUUAUACAAACUUACCGAUCUUUUAAAUUAUCCGAUUUCAUGUUGCAAACCUUAAAAUUUAUUAUAAAAAUUUUAAAAAUUAGAGUAAGAUUUUGAACAUUAUUUAAUUUUCGUCAAAUAAAAUAUUAGUUAAAAUUUGGACACUGUAAAAGCCACAUAAACCCAUCAUUUUUUAUUUGUACUAAUCAUAUACUGGGCUAAAAGUAGACUGCCUAUAGCAAUUUGUUGCCUUAAUGAUAGAGCAUUUUUCAACUACUGCGCUAAGCGACAAUUUUCGUUUAGUUCAAUAUCUCAGUUGCCUAUUGAAUGUUGUUUCAAUUGAGGGGAUUUGCAUGCGGUCUGUUUUUGUUUGACGUUUUAGACCAAAAAGCCAGACAAAAUUUCGACUACUUAGGAUGGUCAGAUUUUAAUUCUGUAAUGACAUACGAGUUCAUUUAAUAACAAGAAAAUAAACAUGGCUUUCUAUAUAACAUAUUAUAAUAUUCUAGAAGGUUUAUAACACUUUUUCCGGCGUGUAAUCAUUUUAAAUGUCCGAUUUUAUGUUGUUACAAGGCUUAAAGUAUAAUAAAAUGUAAACAAAUAAGGGUAAAAAUUUGAACAUGAUUUCAUUUUUGUUAAAUAAAAUAUGAGAUAAAAAUUGAACGUUGGAAAAGCAAUGAUUUUUAAACAAAGCAUAAAAAAUAAUUAUACCAUUAUGUUAAUGAAUUGUUCAAAUUCUCUCAGUAUAGAAAUAAUAUAUAAUUUGUACCAUGGUUAAGUAUACAGGUUAUUGCACAUCGUCUCGAAUUGUGAUCUUCAGAAAUAAAAUGGCAGCGUAACGGGAUAUCAAUUUUACUACUAUAUUUGUUUUUAUCAUCGAAUAAUUGACGAAGAAUGAAUAUGGGCAAUAACCUUGUAUAUUUCAAUCAUAGUUUGUACAUAAGUAUGCUUUUAGGAUUUAUUUAUCGUAUGUCAUCAAAACUAUCAUUGAAUAAAUGGUAAAAUGUUUUUAUCAUAUAAUUAUCAAUUUAACGUUAAUUAUUUAUCUUGUUUUUUU